AUGUCUGGUGGUGCUGACCCAACUUUACUUGCUCAAUAUGCCUAUGUCUUGGGUGAAUUAGAAAAGAGAGCUAAGGCCGGUAAACGUUUAGCGUUCGUCCAUUUGGUUGAACCUCGUGUCACUAAUCCGUUCAUGACUGAAGGUGAAGGUGAAUACAAUGAUGGUACCAACGAUUUCGCUUAUUCUAUCUGGAAGGGUGUUAUUAUCAGAGCUGGUAACUUGGCUUUACAUCCAGAAGUUGCUAGAGAAUUGGUUGCUAAUGAUAGAACUUUAUUAGGUUACGGUAGAUUCUUCAUUGCUAACCCAGAUUUAGUUGAAAGAUUAGCUAAGGGUUUGCCAUUAAACAAGUAUAACAGAGAUACCUUUUACGCCAUGACCCAAGAAGGUUACUUAGAUUACCCAACUUACGAAGAAGCUUUGAAGUUGGGCUGGGACAAGCAAUAG